ACAUCCCUUUCACGCAACAACAACUCGUUAGCCUUCUUAUUAUAGCUCAGUGUAGCUAGCACACAUAUCUGGCAGACGGCUAGCUAGUUUGCUGAACUUGUUUAAUUAAAGUGAUGUCAGUAGCUAGUUACCUAGCUAGUCGUUUGGCUGACCAUUUUACAUUAUGUACAGGAAGUUCACCCCGUAGUUACAUCAUCCAUUAGCGGUUUGCGUUCUGUCAGCCACCGAAUUAGACAUUAUUUUUACGUAGUGUAUUGCUGCAGUCCGCUGUCCACGUUGGAUAUAUUUCGUAAUUCCAGAGUGUACUUUGACGAGCUGGCUCGGCUAACGCAAAGAGCAUCUCGCCUCUUCCUCUCUGGCUGUUACAGACUAGUGGCAAGAGAAUUUCCGUCGUGACAAUCGCAGCUGGUUGUUGUGUGCAAGCUGCUAACACAAGUCAUUUAGCGGUACGGUAGCGUUGUUGGAGCAAGAAACUAAAUAGAGGAACCAGAUUUUCUUUACUUCCUAUUUGCUCCUUGCCAAACUGAUCUGUAUUUUUUUCAACAGCUGUUUUUAUAUUAUUCGCUUAGCUAAAUUCUGCCACCGCAUCAAAUGAGUAAAUAAACAGACUCACCAAUUCCAUUGACAUUUUUAUCUCUGCAAGGAUGUCUAAACGAUUAAGGAAUAGUGAGCUAUGCGCUGAUUGCAGUGUGCCAGAGCCUCGCUGGGCUUCUGUGAACAGGGGCGUGUUGAUCUGCGACGAGUGCUGUAGUGUUCAUCGGAGUCUGGGCAGACACAGCUCCCAAGUGCGUCACCUGACUCACACAUCAUGGGCUCCUACACAGCUACAGAUGGUUCAGAUGUUAUACAACAACAGUGCAAAUUCGAUAUGGGAACACUCUCUACUGGACCCAGCGUCGGUGAUGAGUGGGAAACGCAAGGCCAACCCUCAGGACAAAGUACAUCCAAAUAAGACAGAGUUCAUAAAGGCCAAAUACCAAAUGCUGUCUUUUGUCCACCGGAUGCCUUGUCGAGAUGACGACAGCUUCACUGCCAAGGACUUAAGCAAGCAACUUCACUCCAGUGUCCGAACUGGUAACCUGGAGACAUGUCUGAGGUUACUCUCUCUGGGAGCCCAGGCCAACUUCUUUCACCCAGAAAAAGGGAAUACGCCGCUGCAUGUGGCUGCCAAGGCAGGCCAGGUGUUUCAGGCCGAGCUGCUGACAGUCUACGGGGCUGACCCCGGCGCCCCCGACACCAGCGCCAAGACUCCCAUUGACUAUGCAAGGCAAGCUGGCUACCAUGACCUGGCUGAUAGGCUGGUGGAGAUUCAGUAUGAACUUACUGACAGACUGGCUUUCUAUCUCUGUGGGAGAAAGCCUGAUCAUAAAAAUGGCCAACACUUCAUCGUCCCACAGAUGGCCGACAGCAGUUUAGAUUUAUCAGAACUGGCAAAGGCAGCAAAGAAGAAACUCCAGUCUCUCAGUAAUCAUUUGUUUGAGGAGCUGGCGAUGGACGUGUAUGACGAGGUGGACAGACGGGAGACGGAUGCAGUAUGGCUGGUGACACAGAACCACAGCACGCUGGUGACAGACACCACCGUGGUGCCUUUCCUUCCUGUGAACCCAGAGUACUCAUCAACACGAAACCAGGGACGGCAAAAACUUGCGAGAUUCAAUGCACAUGAAUUUGCAACCCUUGUCAUCGACAUAUUAAGUGACGCAAAGCGUCGACAGCUGGGGAACUCUACGACGAGUCCCAAAGAAAACGUUGAACUUAUCCUAAAAAGCGUGAGCAUCCAGCGCGGCAGUGAGGGUCUGGACAAUGACCAGCCGGACUACGACAGCGUGGCCUCUGACGAGGACACGGAUCAGGAGCCACCCUCGGGCAAGGACCGGACCAAGAGUCUGGACUCGGACCUGUCAGACGGGCCUGUCACGGUGCAGGAGUUCCUGGAGGUGAAGCACGCCCUGUCGGCCUCGGAGGCCAAGAUCAAGCAGCUGAUGAAGGUCAACAGCAACUUAAGUGGCGAACUGCGACUGAUGCAGAAAAAGCUGCAUUCUCUGCAAAGCGAGAACACGUCUCUCAGGCGACAGGGCCCAACCACCCAUAUCUAUCAGGUCCCCAUCAGCAGCGGGUCAGAGUACACUGACCCUCCUUCCUCCAGCCCCUCGGCCAUGAAGCGCCGGCAGUCAGCGCGGGCCAGCCGGCCCAUGUCCAUGUCUAUUUAUGAGACUGGCUCGGGCCUGAAGCCCUACCUCCCCAAGGGGGAGACCCCCUACACAGAGGAGGGUAUCCCCACCCUGCAACCCUUCCUCCCACCUCAUAUGGGAAGGGGUGCUUUUGUGACCUCUUCAUCCCUCCCCUCCUUCCCAUCCACCCUGUCCUGGUCACGGGACGAAAGUGCUCAAAGGGCCUCCAAGAUGGAGAAACAGAGCAGCAUGUCAGACGGUGACUAUGACAACACCACCAAUGACUCUGAGUUGGAGGACUCAGGUGUGGGCAGGAGGGGGAGGCUGAGGAGCAGUGGCUGGCUUGGGGAGGGCAGCUCCAUCCCUGAACUGGAUGAUCUUGAAGUCGAGCCAGACUCUGCGCUCCCCAGCACCGAGGAUGUCAUUCGCAAGACAGAGCAGAUCACCAAGAACAUCCAGGAUCUGCUCCGCGCUGCACAGGAGAACAAGCACGACAGACCUUGUGAGCGUGAGGGUGUCCGCCGGCUCAGGCACAGUCUAGGCUGUUUCAGCAGCCUGGUGCCCUGGGCCGAGAAGGCCCCCUCUCCCCUGCAGCCCCUCAACCUGCGCUCCCCCGAUCCUGCCGCCUGCUUUAUACCCUGCUCCGAAAGAAUAUAUGUGGCUGUGACGGAAAUGGCUGCCCUCUUUCCCAAGAGACCACGUUCGGAGACAGUGCGAGGUCCCCUGCGCCUGUUGACGUCCAGCGCCUUCCGGCUCCAGGGAGAGUGUCAGAAGGCAGUGCCCCCAGAGGGAGGUCCAGUGCCUGACAUGCAGCUGGUCACCCAGCAGGUUAUCCAGUGUGCUUAUGACAUCGCCAAGGCGGCCAAGCAGCUUGUCACCAUUACCACCAAGGAGAACAGCAACUGACCAUUAUCACCACUGCCGCCCGUCGCAGGCCUUUUAGAUAUCUGAAGGCCCGAAAUGUCUCCACGUAUUGUUCAUCCUUUAACUUUGUUGUAAAAAAAAAUUAUCAUUUAUUUCCUGUUUUUAAUGUGUAUGUGAUAUUUGCAUGUCAUUUUUUAUUUAAAGACAAAUGUACGCAAUUAUAAAGAGUGUUGAAGUUAAAACAUUGGUACAAAAAGACAACUGAACUUGAGCUAUGGGAAAGUGUCCGGAGCUCUACUAACUGCAAGGGAAAGGCUGUACUAGUAGAUUUAUUUCUAUGGACUUGGUUUGUCGUGAGCUACUUCAGGAGUCUAGAGUACAGCCAGAUACUGACAAGAUGAUUGUGGAGAUCCUUCGUCGCUAAUGUGCAGUUUCUAAACCGCACUUCUUUAUAGUUUUUUUUUGUGGUGCUAGAUAUGUCUUCCUCGCCCACAAAGAAGAAAUGUUUUACUCCCAACUAUCGCCUAUACCCUCCAUAAAAAAGGCUUGUCAUCCACUUUGAUGCUCCUUAUCUGAACCAGGAGUCUCAAACUGGCGGUCCCCGGUCCAGCUUGCGGCCUGGAAGUGAAUUUAAGCAACCCAUUAUAGUAUUGCACGUGGUUGAGAAUAUUGUGAAAGCUAUGAUUAAGCCAUAAUGCUGUUAUUAGUGAAUAACAUACGUUACACACAUUGGCGCUACGUAAUAUCAUUAUACUGUAACCAAGGGUUCCCCAACUGGUGGCCCGCGGGUGGUUUAAUUUGCCCCCCCCCCCACUCCAGAAAAACCCUGGAAUGAGUCGUU